AUGGAGUACAGAAGCUCGAAGUCAAAAGAAGGGCAGUCUUUUAACUUUGGGCCAAAAGGAAGAUUUAAGCCUAAAGAAAGAAAACACGUCCAGAUAAAUGUAGGAUUGAUGGUGCCGCAUGAAACUGAUGGAAUCGAUUUAAAACCUCAAAGAGGGAAAACACUCCCGUUAUUUGCAGACCCGGAGGUAGCAGCACCUGAUCUACUGAAACAAGCUGUACAGAAAAUGAGAACAUUUAACAAGGACAUGCACGAAGGACCUUACGUCCUUUUGUAUCCAGACUGCUCAGAGGUGGUCCAUGUGCCUGGGUCAGAAAGGCCAUUCAAAUUGGCAGAAUAUAAAAAGGAAAUAGGAAAGACAUAUUCCAGGAUCACUUUUUUCAUUUGCCUAGAAAAACACUAUAAAAGAGUGGAUGAUACCUCAGACUCUGAUUCUGAUUCUGAAAUUGUCAUCACAACAAGGAGCACAGCUGAAUUCAAUCGAGCUGACACUUUGGUUUUUGAACCACAAAAUCGAAGUACUCCCAAACUCAAACUGGAAGAUGAAAGAGAUGCACCAGGACAUUCAUCAACAAUUCAGCCAGGACAGAUAGUAAUAUCUGAUGCUGAGGAUCUGGAUCCACCUGAAAAAAAUCCAGAAAAAACUUCUUGCUACAGUAAAUACACAGACCUGUAUUCACCAAAUGUUGAGCAAGAGGAUGAAGAGCCAGUUGCUGUCAAUGUGAAGAAUUUCCAACACACAGCAAUGGAGGAGACGGACAUUACAUUACCUGACAUCAUAGCAAACCUGUCGCUUCCUAUUGAUCAUAAAAGAGUCAGCCGGUUCAACAUCUCAAGGGCUAAUGUUUGGGAUGGGGCAGUCAGAGGUUUCAAGCGUACAACAUAUUCUGAAACCUGUGACAUGCUGGUAAGAUUUACUGAUGAUACUGGUGUUCUGGAAGAGGGAAUUGACACUGGUGGUCCAAGACGAGAGUUUUUAACUCUACUAAUGAAACACCUAAAAGACCGGCCCAUUUUUGAUGGACCAGAAGGGCAUCGAUUCUUGGUCUACAAUGCAAAUGCUGUUAGGGAGGAUGAAUACUACCUGGCAGGAAAGAUGAUUGCUGUGUCAGUUGUGCAUGGAGGUCCAGGACCCCAUUUCCUGUCGAAAGAUCUUGUACAUUAUCUUGCAGGCCAGCCUUCAUUCAAAGCACCAAUUAAUUUAAUAACUGAUGAAGAAAUAGGGAAAGCUUUGCAAGAGAUUGAGAAUGCUGCUUUAUUGGAUGCUCUGCACGAAUGUAUGAUGAGACACAGCACAAUGUUACAGAAAGCAGGGUGUCUGAGACAUGUGGCUACUGUGGAAGAAAAGAGAGAGAUUGUUUCAGACUACCUCCAAUGGUAUGUUAUUGAACGGAACUCAUCUGUAAUUGACAGAUUCAGGGAGGGUCUUUCAACCCUGGAGUUUUUGACUGCACUACAGCAACACCCUACUUUGCUGGCCCCUGCCCUGAGCCCCUCUGAAAAGCAACUCACUGCUUUUGACCUUGAGAUACUCUUCAAACCUGGCCUUAGUCCUUCGGGGAGUAAUCGAAGACUUAAAGAAAGUCAAACCAUGGGCUACUGGGCCGACUAUCUCCUUGAUUGUGAAGAAGGCCAGGCUGCUGUGUCUGUGGAAGAUGUUUUGAUGUUUGCUACUGGGCUGUCUUCACUUCCCCCAUCUGGCUUGGAACCACUGCCACAAAUAGAGUUCCUGGAUGACUCUGCGUUCCCAAUGGCAAAUACAUGUACAAACUCCUUGAAAUUACCACUCCUAGACUCAUACACUUUGUUUAAGUCACAAAUGGACUUUGGAAUUCAAAAUAGUCCGGGAUUUGGCUGUUUUUAAGCUAAAUGAUGGAUAAACCCUAGAGUUAAGACUCUG